AUACACCUUGCUGAAGGAAGAUCGCUCUCAUUAAACUAUCCUGCUGAAGAAACGCAUCGAUAUGGUUUCCUUUUUUGGACAUUUUUUCAUGUCUAUGAACUGUGCUCAAAAUCGAGUUGUACAGGUUUGGUGGAAAGUUGUCUUCCCCCGAGCUGUUCUUAUCGGCUGUCUUGGAGGAAGUUAGGCCUCUGCCUUGAUUGGCUGUGGAACCCGGGGCACCUGUCAGAGGAGUGGACCGAGCGACUUGCCGCGGAGGCAGUGGGAUGAGCUCUGUUCACGUGGAUGUUACGCCAUGGCGAGCGCAGCCGAUAUUUAGCCCGAUCAACAGCAUUCCAGCGGGGCUAAGAUUAAAGAAGUAUGUGGUCAUCAUUUAAGACUUUUUCCUGUGUCUUCGUCGUUUUGAGCUUCGUGGAAAAAUCGUCUGCGCAAAGUCCUCCUCAGCUGAUUCCCAACCUCAUGAAAGACCAGCAUAUAGUACGUCCCGGCUUGAGCAUCACUCUGGAUUGUCCGGUCAAAUUUGCCAAGGAUAUCAUAUAUGAGUGGUACAAAGGCAGAGAAUCCAUCGUCAACUACGCUACCCAGACGCUUCGCAUCUUGAAUAAUGGCGCCCUCAGAAUCAAGGAGACCGUCUUCGAUGACACUGGCAUUUAUAAAUGCCGUGCUGUUAAUGGAUUUGGGAGCCUAGAAUUCAACACCACGCUAUUGGUUGUUGGAACUGAUGAAGAUUACGAACAAUACGGUGAUAGUUGGGACGUGGAAGAAAUGGAUGACUCCAAAAUUAAUCUGCCCUACUCGCCUGUCUUGCUGUGGGUGAAUGAAGCAAAUACAUCUAUUAGCAAGCGCCCUGGUGUCUCCUUUCGGCUCCAGUGCGUGAGCAUCGGCAGCCCUAAGCCCGUGCUGACGUGGUACAAGGACGGCCGGAAGGUAACAAAUCUUCCUACCACCAGAUGGGCCCUUAUCUUCAGAAAGGCUUUAGCUAGAGACAGUGGCAAUUACACUUGCAUGGCCAGCAAUCGACUCGGCAACGUUUCGCAUGCCUUCAACCUCAUAAUAGAUGAGGGCUCUAAAGGCAAGCCCAUCUUGACUGGAGAAAAUAUCACCGUCCAAGAGGGUCAGCAGGCUGUCCUCGAAUGUGCUGUUCAAAGUACUUCCUUCCCUCAUAUCCAGUGGCUGAAACAAGUGCAAGGGGACGAAAUUUUAGAUGGAAAUACUUCCGGACCCCUGCAGUUCGAAGGAGAAUUUUUUAAUGUUAUUCAGUCGACCUUUAGCGUAGAUUAUUUUCUCAAAGACGGAUAUUACCACUACAAGCUGAUUAUCGACAAUGCUCAGAUUUCAGAUUCUGGAAAAUACGUAUGCCUGGGAGCCAACCACCAUGGAUACGAAUACCGUUUCUCCUUCCUUUACGUUGUUCCGAAAGACAGCUUUCAGUCACAGAUUCCGUUCCCGAUUGUGGUGGCGGCCAUUGUUGUCUGCAUUGCUGCUGCAGCUGGUAUCAUCGGCCUUCUUCUGUAUUGCCGCCCACGACAACGUCAGACCCGUCUGAACAAAGAUGACUUCAUACCAAUGCACUACGCCCAGUGUGCUCCGUCAGAGAUGACUCAUCCGAAACGAAGUACCAAGAUGUUCACAUAUGUCGAACACGCUUCUACGUGAACAGACGCAUAAGCCAAUGUUCCUACUGUCCUUUUAAGUCUAUACGAAGGACGAAUAUGUGUAUUUAUGCCAAGUUUUUACUCAAACAACUUUUUCGACUCUUCGUUAGAAUGGAUUAAGAUCAUCGUUCCUACCUUUUUUUUUUUGGAAGAACAUGAACGAACUUUUAAGUCAAUGUUCUGCAAAAGCAAUUUUUUUACUCAUCAUUUGCAAAAAGGAUACUAACGGAUUUGCGCGUGGUCCAUCCCAGUGACUCAAUCAUUUGAAGUGAAUAUUUUAACUUUGCUCUUGGCUAGAGUUUUUAACUGUUAAGCUUUGCCUACUUUUAUAUGUGAUUUAUUAGACGGCAAAAUUUGUAUAGCAGAUGUUACUUACGUUGUUUUAUAAAGCAUUUCU